AUGGACGCUGAGUCCCACAUACCAUCUGUACUGCGUUUCGGGCUUGACGAUGAGCUCGACAUGCCACGCGGGACGCGCUCAGAACGCAAGAGCGAUGGUGGGCUUAUUGGCGUCAGUACGACAACUCGUGGGUCGACCUGUUCCAUCGCGACGGAGGAUGAAGAAAGCAGAGGGGCGAUUGCGAGGAGGACGGGGACGAGACGGGACAGAUCGCGCUUCGCUGGCCCGUGCUCAAGCACGAACGGCACGAAGCAGAUAGCAGCCUUGAGGUUACAUCAUGGCGAGCCCCAGAAGAAGCUACAGACUGUGGGAUCAAGGAAGCUUGUGCAGCCGCCCACCGCUGAAGAUACUGGAGGCGCGUCAAAUGGACGCCGAAAUACUAUUGCGUUCGACAGUCCACAUGCGGAGAUGUAUAAUAUCAACGGGGUGGCGUUGGGCAUACUCGCAACAUCGCGAGCAUUGAGGGAUCCCAGCCUCUGUACGAAUGCCGAAACCUGGUCGUGCACGUGCCAGCCAUAUGACAAGAUUCGCACUGAUCACAUGAACUGGCAAGAACGGCAUCGCAAGGACGUUAGAGGAACGUUCGUCGCAAGUUCCGCGUCCGAGAUGAGCGAUGAUAUCGCCGCAUUGUCUCAAAUUCCCCCGUACGAAUACUCUCCGCUGCUGCCGUUCACUGCCGCGGCAGCAGAUAUAGCGCGAUCAAGUAUGUGUGCUCGUCCAGACUCGAUCCGAGCUCAGCCGCGCAAGGACUUCCGAGGCGUGACAAGACUGUUUUCUGGCACCAUGCCUCGUAGAGGGUCGCUCGUUCAAGUCGUAGACCAAGAUAGCAGACCUUUCGAGGAAUGCACACUAAAUCAUGAGCGCGAGACACCGUUAAGUAUGUACAAGCAUUCUGGCGUGCAAACGUACCGCUACAGUGUAACGCACCCCUCGCCAAGCACCAAUAGCACGACAGCAGCGGUUCCUACGGGUUCUCCUAUGCUUAUGGUACCAAACGCAAUUGGAUUUGCUUCCAGACGAGAUGCGCGUCGUCCAGAGAGGUAUCCCAAUGCGGACCCCAGUGUAGUGGGCGACGCUACCGAGAACGAGGGAAAACAAAUCGCAAGUGAUAUUCUCGAGCUCAAACGCAGGAUUCUCGGGCAAGCAAAGAAACAAGAUCGUGAUAGCGUGCUUUUGUGA